AUGUCAUAUAAUAAUAAUUAUAAUCCAAGCUUUUAUAAUAAUUUAACAUUCCAAGGCAACAUUCGGCCUCCACCUAAUUUCUCAGUGCCUCCUCCACCACAUUAUGGCUUUCCACCUCAACGGAGCCACCAACUAUCAGACCAGGAUUUUAUAAAAACAUUUGAAUCUAAAAUUACCCCAAGCAACUCAAGAAUAAAACAAAAGCCUGUAGCUAUAUCAUCAGUUCGGGAACAUCUUCGUAACAUAGUGUUGCUUUUAAAACAACUCCAAGACAAAGAAAGCCUCUUGAAAGAGAAUAUAAGCACAAUGUCUGAAGAAGAAUGGGGUACUGCUGUAGAUGAAAUCAAACAGAGUAAAGUACUCCUUGACGGUCUGAUGCUACAAAUCAAUGACACAUAUCUUGAUGUUAUCAAGAGUGCUCUCAGCAAAAGAUCUGCCAAGAGAUUGAGAUUGAAGAGAAUAAACGAGGCCAGAAAGAGACAAAAGAUGGAGAUGAAGAAACAAUGGGAAGAGAGGUCCAGGAAAAUAGAUGAAGACUUACAAAAGAUUCAGAAUGAUAUUGAUAAAGCUAAGCAGAAAGAAGAAUUUAAAAUACAAGCAGAUAUAAUACUCAGAGAAGUUACCAGGAAAAAGCAAGAUGCUAAGAAGUGUUUGUCCAAAUUGGAUGCCCUUGCCAGAUUACGUAAAGCGAGACAAAAUACUGCAAAAGGAAGAGGCAUGGAGGUGUCUGAAAGUGACGCUGUCUCCUUCUCUACCAACAUUGAUAAGCUGAAAUCCCUUUGGACCCAAAAGCUUUCCUUAUACGAGAAAGAAGAAGCUGAGCUUAGAGAUAAACUCCAGAAGGAUUCUGAAGAAAAGUCUAUGUCAGAGUGUGAAUCUCAAAGGAGAGUGGCGGAGAAUCUAUCGAAGUGGCGCCACUACCUCUUUGGCACUGAGGAAAACCCUCAAGUUGACUUCAAAGGGAACAUUGAGCAUUUCAUAUCUGUCAGAUUUAACUGGGAUCAGUAUAUCAACAGUGAAGGAUCGCCGAUACCAGUGGGAUGGGUCGUACCGCCUUCAACAUAACGUCGAUUUUGUAUCAAAGGUAUCUUGUACGUAUUUUCUUAUUUCUUUACUGUACUUAUUAUUAAAUUAGGUCAGAUAAUUAUGUAUAAAUACUUUGCUAUUUUGUGAUUCAGCAUACAUUUUAUAAAGAAUAUUAAUUUGCGAAACGAUGGCCUUAAAAUUUAAUUAGCUAUUGCAUAACUACAUUUUAAAUGUUAUAUGUAAAUGAAGCAGUAUUUUUGGCUUAUUUUAUGAAGUUUUUUGUGAAGCUUCUCUGAAGAGGGAAGGAAAUAAAAGGUACUGUGUAUGAAA